UUUUUUUCAAAAGUAAACAAACCUUUUUUUUCAAAAUUUUAUAUAAAAAAUGUAAAUUUUCUAUAAGAUAUACAAUAAAAUUUUAUACAUUACCAAUUUCCAAAACAAUACACAAUAUUUUUUUUAUAUUAUAAAAUAAUUAUAAUGGAAAAUUAUUUUUAAGAUUAAGAAAGAUAUGAUAUAUAAUGACUUCGGCGGAACAAUUUAUUAGUUUAAUUACUGUAGCAAGUGCUAAAAAAUUAGCAACAGCUUUAAUUUUAUGUUUUAUUUUUUAUCAUGGAAUGUUGCAUAUUCUUUAUGAUAGCGAUUCUUGUAAAUGGUUAUUAACUGAAGGUAGAUAUAAAGGUGAUAAAGAAUGGCAACCAUACGGCUGUAUGAUGCAUCAUUAUACACAAACAGAUAGUCGAAGAUGUCUUAGAUAUUUAGCAUUUAUGGGUCAUCAUAAUCAAUUUGUUUUUAUUGGUGAUGCACGAAUUAGACAAUUGUAUAAAACAUUUGUAUCACAAUUUAUGGUUGAUGGUAAAACAUCUGAUUUAGUGGAAUUGCCAGAAAAUUCAGAUCUCAAUUUCAAUGAUGCACAAUUAAGACUUAAUGUUCAAUUUUUAUGGAGACCGCAAAUUAACGCAGCAAUGAUAUCAAAUUUUCGGAAUUGGAUGUCAGGAGAAUCACCGAGUAUGAUUAUUGCCGGUUGUGCUGUGGCCGAUAUUCUUGCAAAUAAUGCCAGUGAUCUUACGUUACAUUCAAUAUAUAGUAGAAAUUUAAUGAAUCUUGUUCGUCCAGCUGAAGUUCUUGCACAAAAGGGUUCGCGCUUUUUAUGGACAUUACAGGAUCCGAUUUUAAAAGAACGUCUAUCGCCACAAUUCUCAAAUGUCGAUAAUAGACAAAUUGACGUUUGUAAUAAGGCAGCUGUUGAGGUAUUAUCACACAGUGAUGCUCAUUUAUGGGAAAGCAGUAGACUCGUAGGCGGUGGAAUUUUAGAACAAAGUCCAGAUGGAUAUUUAUCAAGUCCUUUAUCAUUACGACACAAAAUUCAAAUUCUUUUAAAUACACAUUGUAAUGAUCAUAUGAAUUUUGAUGAUGGUAGUUGUUGUAGUUCUCCAGAAGCUGCAACAACUUUACAACUUGUUUCACUUUUCGUCCUUGCUUUAUGCAUAAUAAUAGGUGGUAGUAUUUGGUUGUAUCGAAAAAUUUGUCAAUAUCAAACUGAAGUUUUAUAUUCCGGUUUGGCAAUGGAAGAAAUUGAGAGAGAAGAAACUGAUAUUUUAAAAAGUGAAGCACCUCAAGUACAAGAUUUUUAUACACUUGUUACUUCGUUAGCGCUCUUAUCGAUUAUACUUGCUUAUUUUUAUUUAUGUGACAGAACUAAUUUUUUCAUGAAGGAAAAUAAAUAUUAUAGUGAAUUUAGUUUUUGGUUACCACUGGGAUAUAUUUUAGCAUUAAGCCUUUUUUUCACUGAGGAUCGUGAACGUGGUCCAAGAUUUUUAAAUCGUGAACAAACUGAUGAAUGGAGAGGACUUAUGCAGGCAGUUGUAUUAAUAUAUCAUGUGACAGGCGCAAAAAAUGUGCUACCAAUUUAUAUGCAUUUGAGACUUAUAAAUUCUGCAUAUUUAUUUCUUUCUGGCUAUGGACAUUUUUAUUAUUUUUGGCAAACUGGCGAUAUUUCACUAGUUAGAUUUUUUCGGGUACUUUUUAGAUUAAAUCUCUUAACUGUGUCUCUCUGUCUUUGUAUGAAUAGACCUUAUCAAUUUUAUCAUUUUGUGCCCUUGGCUUCUUUUUGGUUUUUAAUUGUUUAUUUCUUGGCCUGGUUGCCUCCGAGAGUUUAUUCUGGAACUUUAGCCGAAUAUGGACCGAGAGCAUUGCUUUAUUUAGCCCUUAAACUAUUGGGUCUUAUUUGCAUCAUUACGAUUCUCUAUAUGUCAGAGGUAUUUUUUGAAAAGAUAUUUGUGACUCGACCUUGGAAGGCAUUAUUUGUAACAACGGAUGAUGAUAUUCGAGAAUGGUGGUCAAGAUGGCGUGUUGAUAGAUACAGUGUUGCUUGGGGAAUUGCUUUUGGAGCUGGUUUAGUGGGUCUUCAAAGAGUUGAUCAUAUUCCAGGAACAACUAUGGCUCCAAUAUUGGCACUUAUUUCUUUAGCUGCCUACACUAGUUACACACUUCUUUGUCAUUCUUUUUCCGAAUGUGAAGAGAUUCAUUCUUACGUUGCAUUUAUUCCAAUUUUGGGUUAUAUUGUCCUUCGAAAUGCUUCAUUGGCAUUGCGAGGAAAACAUUCAUCGCUUUUGGCUGGUCUUGGUCGAAUUAGUUUAGAAACUUUGGUCAGUCAAGGACAUGUUUGGCUCGCAGCUGAUUCUCAUGGUGUUCUAGUUCUUUUACCACGAUUUCCAGUAUUAAAUCUACUGCUUUCUUCUUUUAUUUUUAUUUGUGCUAGUCAUGAGAUACACAGAUUAACAUUAGUUCUUGCACCUUAUGCCGUGCCAAGUGAUUGGAAAUUGGUUAUACGAAAUCUUCUACUUUUUACUGUGGUCCUAGUUCCAAUUGGAAUACAUGAUGGUAUGUUUUAAUUAAGUUAAAAUGAGGCUAUAAUUUAUAAUUCUUAACAAUAAGUUUAUUAAAAAUCGUAAAAUUUGUAAAUAUGUACAAAGAAAAUAAAAAUCUAGAUAGCAGAGUGAUUUAAAAUUCUGAAACUAAAAUAUUGUACAAAAAAAAAAUAGGUGUUUCGAAUCACUCUGAUUUUGUAUAUUUUAAAAAUUCA